UAUCUAUAAUUGUGUACUUACUGGGAUUAAUUGUCGUUAGUUUUUCAUAUUUUAAUACAUAAGUUAGAACCUUAGCUAGUCAAAUAUUAGACUUAUUUUUAUAGUUGCGUUUCCACGCAUCAACAUACAUUUUUCAGGACCGUUGAGGGUUAAUUUUUCCUAGAUUUAAGCGUCGUCGUAUUUUUUUAUUGCAAAAUUACUUCAUAAAAUUAAUUUUGAGAUGUAAAAAAAAGAAAUUUUAUAUAAGGUCCAGAUAGCUUUUAAAAUAUAGAAUAGUAGGGAAAUUCACACCUCCAUUACCUCUCAUACAAUGUUUUAAUGUCUAAGUGGGGCCCGAACCCCUAUUAAAUAGCUCUCCAUUUUUAAACAAAAUAGUCUUCGAGAUUUUUGUAGUCAAUUAAAAAUGGACAUUCUGCCUAAUACCGUGUCUUAAUCAGUAGAACGUGUGUCCGAAUAAUUCGACAACUCAGAAAACUGGAAUUGUUCCAUACAUAGAGAUAACAUCUUUUAGUAUGUUAUGCUCAUCAUCCUCGAGUUCGUUUUUAACGGAUUAAGUUAGGUUGUCUAUUGGUUUGUGAAAGAAUUGUUUAGCAUCAAAAUUACGUUUUGUUCACAAAACAUAACAGAUGGCUUCUGCAGUUGAUAUGCGCUGGAACUGUAUGAAUACUAAAGAAGAUCUAAUAAAAAUGUUUACUGGAUAUAUUGAUCAUGAUGUUAUAGAAAUGAUAAUAGAAUGCCGAAACAAUGAUUUACUUUUAGCAUAUCGAGAUCUACUUCAAUUAACUAAUCCAGCACCAAAUAGUUCUGUAGAACUAUAUACUGAAGAGAAACAAGUAAUGAAUUCUGAAAAUGAUGCUUUUAAUACUCUUGAUAAUGUCAAUUGGGAUAAGUUAUCAUCAAAUGAGACUCCCACCAGUAGAAUACUUUAUUUAGUUUCUAAAGGAUAUAAAGUUAUGAUUAUUAUGAGAGGUUGUCCUGGAAGUGGAAAAUCAUAUCAGGCUACUAAUAUUUUAAAUCAAUGUUACAAAAAUGUAAACUGUGAUGAAUUUAUAUAUAGUGCUGAUAAAUUUUUUAUCAAUAAAAAAACAGGUCGUUACCACUUUGAUCGUUAUAAAAUAAAAGAAGCUCAUCAGUGGGCAUUUAGCAAUACACAAAAAGCUGUUAAAAAUGAGAUUACUCCAAUUAUUAUUGAUAACACAAAUGUUGAGCUUUGGGAAAUGGAAAAUUAUGUUAAAUUGAGUGUUAAUAAUGGUUAUUGGAUUGAAAUUUUGGAACCAAAUACUGAAUGGGCUUGGGAUGGCUAUGAAUUGAGUAAAAAAAAUUCUCACCAAGUGCCUUAUCAUACUAUUUUAAGAAUGUUACAACAAUAUGAACGUAUGCCUAAUGUUGAAAGCUUAUUAAAAAAAUUUAAAUUUAAAUAUAAUAAAAAUAAUCAACCUCCAAAAUUGUCUAACACUUAUAAAAAAUAUCAACUUUGUGAAUUACUUAAAGAUGAAGAAAAAAAAGUUAACAAACCACCUAAUGAAAUUAAUGAUCAAUACAUUAGUGAUCAGUUUAAAGAUUUACAUAUUUCAACAGAAUAUAUAAAUUGUAAACAAAACUAUGAAUGGCCUGUUAAUAAUAUAGAUGAAGAUUCUUGGACUGAAUGUACAAUUAAUGAGAAAGAAAUCAAAGAUUCUUCUCAAAUAUUUAAUUCUAUUGAGAAUAAAGAAGAUUUUAUCAAUAAUAUUCCUUCAAAUUUUAUUGAUAAAUCUGUUAAUACCUAUGAAAAUGAUUUUUUAUUCAUGCAAGUAUUAGAAGAAAUUCCUUCAGAGGAGUAUAACCAAUAUGUUUUUUAUGGAAAAUAUAGAGACAUAAAUGAAGGAAAUAAUAGUAAUAUAUUAAAAGUUUGUGAUGGUAAGUUAGAUAAGGGUACUAUGACAUUAGAUGAUACAAACUUAGUUAAUAAACCUACUUUUGAUGACUUACAAAAACAAUUUCCUCAAAAUGUGUGUUCACUUAUUAUUGAACUAUUUGAUAAAUGUGAAGGAAACAUUGAUUGGAUUGUAGAUGUAUUAAUUGAAUCUGGACAUGAUAUAACUAAACAGCAGCUUCAUGGGCUAGUAAAAGUAGAAAAUUCUCAUAUUGGAAAAUCUUUUAAUGAUAAUAAUACACAAGAAGCCAUAAAAUCUGAUUUGAUUCCUGAUAUUAUUUGUUCAACUCCUCAAAUGAAUAUCAAAGAUAAAAUUGAAAGUGAAAUAAAAAUUAAUAAAAAUACUAAUGAUUUUAAGAGUAAAUUACUAGAAUUGGAUAAGUAUAAUAAUUAUGAUGUGCUAAAAAAAGAAUUGGAAAAUAAAUUUGUUUUUGGUGAAUCAUCAUAUUCUGAGCAUCUAUUGAAUAUCAAAAAAAUAAAAGAAGGUUAUGAUUCUACCAAUAAUUGUACUAAAAUGUUACCAACAAUCAUAGAUGUGGGUACCUCUGCAAUACUAAAUGAUAUGGAAGAAAAUUCUAAUCAGGAUGAUACAUUUGUUCAAUUAGUAGUUGAUACUUCUGUUUUAAUUCAACUAUGUGACUAUUUUGGUGAUUCCUCCUCAGAAUUAAACAAAAACACUAUGCCAAUGUCAGUAAAACUACCUGAGAAGUUAGCUGAAGACCUGUAUUUUUAUUUAGUUGCUAAUGUACCACCUAAUAUUGUUGAUCAAGAAGCUAUUCUGCAAGAUGAAACGUUGGCAAAAAAAUUGCAUGAAGAAACUAUGAAAGAAAAUUUUCCUGGUACAUCUAAUUCAAUUAGUAAUGGUGAACUUACCUUUGCUGCAGUAUUAUCAAGAAAAUUACUUCUAGAAAAAUUUAAAAAUCUAGAUUCAAAACUUGUAUUAAAUGUAUUACGGGCAAAGGAUUACAAGUUUCAAGAAGCAAGUGAUGUUUUGAGUAAAGUAUCUGGUAUAACGCCAAUAACAAAUAAGAAUAAGGAAAAUAUUCUGUCUAAUGAUGAUGAUGAUUAUUAUUUCCAAGAAGAACAAUUAGAAGAUACUAGUACGCAAAAUUACACACAAGAAGCUUUACAGCAUGCUAAUGUAAGACAGCAAUUUUUAAGUAAAGCUAACCUCUCAAUUAGUUCAAAAAUUCAUCCAGCUGUUACUGCAUACUACUUGGAUAAGGCUGAAGAAUCAAAACAAAAUGAAAAAUAUGCAAAAACUAAAGCUUUAGUUGCAAUACUUACUAAUAAUAAAAAUGUAACAACUUUAGAUUUACAUUAUUUGCAAGUUCAAGAAGCUUUGUUAGUGUUAGAUUUAUACUUAGAUAAUCAUAUAACUUACUUGAAAAAACUUAGUGGACUUUACAAUAGAGGAAGACAAUUGACUAUUAUUACUGGUCGAGGAAAACAUAGUCCUAAAGGGAUUGCUCGUAUAAGACCUGUUGUUUUAAGAAGACUUCAAAUUAGAGGCUUGACUUACAUGGAACCAGAAAAACCAGGUAUGAUCAUGGUAAUCAUUAAAAAAACUUCUUUACUCAGUUCACAAAUAUAAUAUUGACUAAUGUAAAAUAUUGACAUAAUGACUGACUCUUCAUAAUUGUGCACUAAUGUACUUUUUAUUUAUGAAUCAUCAAAUUACACUUAAGCUUUAUGUAAUAACUUUUAAGGUUUAUUAUUUGUAUAUAUUGUUUAUCAAUGAUAACUAUAUAAAAUUUAAUAAUAAUAAUGAUGUAUUUAAUAUAUUUGUCAACAACAUUGUCUAUAAUAAUAAAUAUUUGUGUAAUAGAUACAAAGUAUAUAAAUACUAACAAUAUUUUUAUAAUUAAAUAGAUUAUAU